UCGGAUAACUCAAGUUUUUAAUGCGGUCUGGUCAAACUUUAUUUUCAUUUGUUUUCGUUGAAAAAAGCUGUUGAAAAUAAUUUGUUAACAGGAAAAAUGCAUAGAAAUACUUUAAAAUGGUUAAUAUUGGGCGGCCUGAUACGUACAUAUUUGGUUAACAGCGAAGUAGGGACGAUAAUGGCAAAUCGUGUAGAAAUAGCAACGCCAUUGAAUUCUUUCAAAAAAGCACAAGAAGGCAUUUAUUUACUUAAACAUAAUAUUGAUCCAUACGCCGGCGAUAUGGUGCAUGAAAUUCCUCUAAUGUUGUGGUUAUUGUGGCAUGCCAUGAAUUUAUUGCAAGGUUGGCUGCCGUUGUUGUAUGUGAUGCUAGACUUAAUGACUGCGAUAGUUUUGUAUAAAACUAGUCAAUUAUUUGUGCGUAAGAAGCUAAGCGAACAAUCGAAAGACCUGGAGCAUUACGCCGCCGGUACUGAAGAUUUACAAUAUCAGCCAAUUGAUGAACUUACUAUGCCUCGCUGUGUGCUGUUAGCCUACCUUUUCAAUCCAUUAGCACUGUUCAAUUGUGCAGGUUUAACUUGUACAAUUUUUAGCAAUUUUCUCUUAUCAGUGGCGCUGUAUGGAUUAGUGGACAGGCGCGCAUUGUUAUUUUCGUUAUGCGUUGCACUGGAAGCUAUGCGCAAUAUGUACCCUAUAGUAUUGUUGGCACCAGCUGUUUUAGUUUUUGGUAAAAAGCAAGUCAAGCCUAUUGUAUACUUUUUAUUCCUCUUCAUUAGCAUAUGUAUGAUAAUAUGCUGGCUUAAUUACAAAAUAGUCGGCAAUUGGCGCUAUUUAGAUGGUACCUUGGGAUUCAUCUUCUUCUAUCGUGAUCUCCAACCGAAUAUCGGUUUAUUUUGGUAUUUUUUUACGGAAAUGUUCGAACAUUUUCGAACAUUGUUUUUAAUAACAUUCCAAAUGAAUGCCACCAUAUUGUAUAUGUUACCUCUGACGAUGAAAGUACGUAAAGAGCCGAUUUUAUUGACUACAAUUCUUAUUGGAUUAAUGUCAAUAUUUAGGGCUUAUCCGUGUUUAGGUGAUGUUAGUUUCUAUUUAGCUUUAUUGCCGCUUUGGAAAAGAUCUUUAAAGUUUUUCUCUUUUACAGUUAUGGCUCACAAUUUUGUAGUAUUUUGUCUUUUCUUGGUUUCACUAUGUAUUCUGCCUACGCUGUGGCAUUUAUGGAUAUAUUCCGGUUCGGCAAAUGCUAAUUUUUAUUUUGGUGCAACAUUAGCAUUUUCGACGGGUCAGAUCUUCCUAAUUACCGAUUUAUUAUACGCUCAAGUCAAACGUGAGUUUUGCUUAUAUCAUGGUCUAAAGAUUGUUGUCGAUGGCAAAGACGCGAAAAUUGUGUUGGGUUAAUUGCUAAUUUUUGUGCUUUUGUUUCAUUUUCUUCUUUGUAAACAUUUUUUUUUUCUAAUUUGAUAGAAACAGUAAAUCUUGCGAAAAGUACGCUUUUUUUAUUCUCUCCUAAUUUAAUAAAUUUGCUGAAUAUAUUGACCGUUUA